GUGCCGGUGUCGGCCAUGAAGCUGGUAAACGGGGGAGGAGGAGGAGGAGUAGGAGGAGGCGGAGGAGGUGGAGGAGGUGGGGAGAAGACUGCCUUUUCCUUUAAGAAGUGCUCUGCUUUCCAGUUUGUCAAGAGAAAGGUACGAAGAUGGAUGCGGAACCCGAAGGUGAGCGUUGAGAAGGCCCAAGGGAAAGGUCUCAUUUACUCCUGUCCAAAGUGUCCACUGGCCGACGACCUGUGGUACUCACACUUCCCCUCACCUUACGGCUGCUGUCACUAUGGCGGCCUGCAGGCAGGACAGUACUACCACCAGGAGCCGUGCUCGCCGUGCCCCGCCAGUGGGCAAACCAGCGGCCAUGACAAGAGCAAAGGUUGCAAGGUCAGGAAGUGGAAGAUGCUGGCUCGCCAUCACGGCGACAGUAUGGGCAAGCAGAAGGAAGCAGAGUCCGAUGUCCACCUGGGUGGUUGUCAGUCCUGGGGGAUGCACGCCUCGCCCCUCCUGGCCAGCCCUGUCAUGCUGGAGUGCUCCAUCUGCAGCGGGCCCUACAUCAGCUACACCAUGGAGGAAACCUGGCAGCCACGUCAACGCACACAGGCGAUGGACCUGUACUACCACAAUGAGUCAGACCCAGACAGCUACUGUUGCCCUGGCGACAACACUUUUAUGAAACAGAGAAGGAUGGGUCUGAACGACUUCAUUCAGAGGCUUGCCACAAACUCCUACGCCUGCAAGCAUCCUGAAGUUCAAUCUAUUCUGGACUUGAGUCCUCCCCAGGAAGCUGAGCUCAUGAACACAAAUCCCUCUCCUCCUCCUAGUCCAUCCCAACAGAUCAACCUCGGUCCAUCCUCCAAUCCUUCAGCCAAACCCAGUGACUUCCACUUUUUGAAGGUGAUCGGCAAGGGGAGCUUUGGCAAGGUCCUGCUGGCACGCCACCGUACAGAUGACCAAUUUUACGCAGUCAAAGUCUUACAGAAAAAGGCCAUCCUGAAGAAGAAGGAGGAGAAACACAUAAUGUCAGAGAGGAAUGUGCUGCUAAAGAAUGUCAAGCACCCGUUCUUGGUCGGCCUGCACUACUCUUUCCAAACAGCGGACAAACUCUACUUCAUCCUGGACUACAUCAAUGGAGGAGAGUUGUUCUACCACCUACAGAGAGAGCGGUGCUUCCUCGAGCCCAGAGCAAGGUUCUACUCAGCAGAGAUCGCCAGCGCACUGGGCUACCUCCACUCCCUCAACAUCGUCUACAGAGACCUGAAGCCGGAGAACAUCCUGCUGGACUCACAGGGACACAUCAUUCUUACAGAUUUCGGCCUCUGCAAGGAGAACAUUGAACCAAAUAUGACCACGUCGACCUUCUGCGGUACGCCAGAGUAUUUGGCUCCUGAGGUUCUUCACAAGCAGCCGUAUGACAGAACGGUAGACUGGUGGUGUUUAGGAGCUGUUCUCUAUGAGAUGCUCUAUGGCCUGCCUCCGUUCUACAGCCGUAACACAGCGGAGAUGUACGACAACAUCCUGAACAAGCCGCUGCAGCUGAAACCCAACAUUUCUAACGCAGCCAGACACCUGCUAGAGGGCCUUCUUCAGAAGGACCAAACCAAGAGGCUGGGCUGCACGGAUGACUUUAUUGAAAUUAAGAACCACAUAUUCUUCUCCCCCAUCAACUGGGAUGACCUCAAUGCCAAAAAGAUCACCCCUCCCUUCAACCCCAACGUGACGGGACCUAAUGACCUGCGGCACUUUGAUCCAGAGUUCACAGACGAGCCGGUGCCCAGCUCCAUCGGUUGUUCCCCAGACAGUGUGCUCGCUACAGCCAGCAUCAAAGAAGCUUCUGAGGCCUUUGUGGGCUUCUCUUACGCCCCAUCUAUGGAUUCCUACCUAUAGGAUUUAAAAACAGGCAAUUCAGACUUACAGGACAUGAACUGUGGUGUGUCCACGCACUUGCAUCUUUACCCCACCUUACAUUUUACCAUUUGGGGUGAUGGAUGUUCCUGAACCAACCCCCUGCAACAAGUCUGCAUCUGCAAAGAAUUGAAACAUGUGUACUUGCCAUAUUUUCUCCAACUCUUGAAAGAAGACUUGCUACGAGGGGAAGCCUGCUUUAUUUAGAUGGCUCAUUGAGGUUGUAAUCCUCCAUCUUACUCUGAUUAAUCAAUGCACAAUUUCUUCAACUUUCCACAACAGACACAAACUGCAGCCUUCAAUUGCCCAUCUCUUACCUGAUAGUGGAGGUCCUUUGCACACAGCUCAGGCAGCUUAGAAGCCCCCUCAACCCUGAACCGACAAGCACACACACCAACUUCCACCUUCUCUCAAAAGAGGAAGGCUGCACCCUACUGUACCAGCCCUGACAAGGAUUUCCAUCCUCAUCUAUGUAGACAGUCUUUUGAGAUUCUUUCUAACCACCCACAGUGGAACUUCCUUUUUGAGUUUGAAAAAGUAGCUUGGAGAUAACAUUCAUUUGGUGCUUUAGUUUCCUCUUAUUUACUUUCUGUGCGGUUGAAAAGGGAGUUAUUUGAAGCUGAAUGUUACAAAGGGGGAUUUUUUUUAUUUAUUCUCUCAAAUGUGCCUUUUAUUUUUUUCUCUCCAUCAGAUGUCACAUGUUUUGGGUUUGUCUGCGUUGACCUUAAAGUUACCACGUUUCAUUUCGCUUCCCACCUGACUGCAGGGGAGAAGAGCUGUAUUUUUGUAAGCUACCAGAGAGGAAUGGUGUAGCACCUAAUCAACACGGCUGUUGCGGCAAUAACGUGAGAUGUAGAGGACUUAAAUAAUGUUUCAUAUCUUCAUUUGCACAUAAAACAAUACAGGUGAUAGAGAGAGAAAGAGAGAGCACAGCUGCUAGGUGAGAAAGAGAGUGAUGUGUUCAGGAGUGUUUGUGUAGUUCUGCUUGCCAACUGUGUCCCCCUCAUGUAGUUUUCCAUUCGCCUCACAAUAAUUUAAGUCCGGCCCGCAGCCAGGCCGAAACUGAACAUUCCAUUUUAAUAUUGCUGUGAUGCAGUUUGACGGUAUUUAAGUUUGUUUGUAUAUUUGAGUUAUGUGUUCUAGUUUUAAUGUAUAUUAUUGAACAAAAAAUGACUUAAGGUAUGCUUAAAUAAAUAUAUGUAACAAUUCAUGUUAAAUGUACUGUAAAUUGUAAAAUUGUUUAAGAUUUAUGUGGCCAUGUCUGGUUUGCAAUAAAAGUUUAACUUUAUUA